UUUUAAAAUCGACGUCUUACACAUAUAUAAUGUACCCUUUCAAAUUUGAUCAAAGUAUUGUGUAUGUUUACCUAUCCAAAUGACAUCCAUAGUCAUGUAUACUUCAAUGGAAACAUAACAAAUUACAAGGAAAAUGUAGACAUUUUAGAUGAUAAUGAUUCUUAGUAUCACAGAACGUGAUGUCAACAAAACGAUUCCCUGUUCAGAGGAAAGAACAGCCUAGAAUUGAGGUUAACGUAUUAAAAGUUGACGCAGACGGAAACAGUAUUUAUGAUGAAGACUUUGAUCCAAAUGUAUGCCAUUGUUUUCCUUCAACCAGCAGUAAAUUUCGGCCAUCUAUGAUUUAUGAUGAACUUAAGUGCGGUCAUGAGCAGUCAACAUAUAUACAACCAGCUCAACAAUCUGUGUUCACUUAUCCUUGGACUGCUAACACAGUUAUAGGAAGAGAAGACUUAUCUGACGACCGCGAUUCACUAAAAAGCGGGAAACUUAGUGCUAUAGCAGAAGAGCCAGAUGGUCAUGUGACCAGAACUGCUCCUCCAUUUGCGAGCCCUUCAAAAACAGUUGAAAGAACAAAAGGACCAUUUUCAGCACCAGUUGACCCAAGUCGUUGGGAAAGCCAUGGUCCUGAUUUUAGACGAGCUCGUUCAGAAAAAUCAGUCAACAGACUCCAUACAGGAGGACGACCAAGGACUUUAGAUUCGCGUGAAUUCAGAGGAAGAUAUGUCGAUCCAAAGGAUGGUCAAGUAUACAAUUUCAACGUUAAUUACGGUAAAAGAAAUGUCCAAGCAUCCAGACAGGCCGAUAACACAAUUUGAUCUUUAUCAGCAGCGUAAAGAUGGCCCAACAAACGAUUCUUAUUUGACGUUCUAGAAACUUUACAGUGUCAAUGUUAACCGAACUUUAAAAACUACAAUUAUUUAUUUAUUAAUCUAAAUUAACUGUAAAAGUGUUUAUACGGUACCAAUUUUUGUGGAACCAAGUAUUGUAUUUUUAACGAAAUACCUAUAUUGCUGUUGCUUUCUUGAUUAUUAUCUGAUACCAUGAAACUCAACUAAGCACAAGGAUUUUGCCGAACAAACACGAUUAUAUAGUACUUUCUAUGCGAUGUGCCUCCCCUACUGUUCGAUAUUUAAUUUACAAAACUCGAUUUCUGUUGUAUCUAUUAUUCAGAAUAACAUGUAUUCUGAUUAUUUUAUUUAAUAAAGUUAUGAAAUAUUUUU